AUGAGUAAUACCACUAACACUAAUGAACCAGAAUAUAUUAAUUUACCUGAAAGAAAAGCUGAAAUGCUUUGUUGUGUUUGUGGAGCAUUAAUUGAAGUAAAUCCCAGUAGUAUGUGUGCUAAUUGUUUACAUAAAACUAUUGAUAUUACAGAAGGAAUUCCUAAACAAAUCACUAUUGAUCAAUGUAAAAGAUGUAAAAAGUUUUUAGCAGGAACAACAUGGUUUUAUUGUGAACCAGAGUCAAGAGAAUUAAUGACUUAUUUAAUAAAAAGAAUCAAAGGAUUAAAUAAAUUAAAAUUAAUCAAUGCAUCAUAUAUUUGGACUGAAGAACAUUCAAAAAGACUAAAAAUUAAAUUAACUAUUGAAAAAGAAGUCUUUAAAAACACUGUUAUUCAACAAGACUUUAAUGUAGAGUUUAUUAUUGUAAAUGGAUUUUGUGAUAAUUGUCAUAAAGCUGAAGCAAAAAAUACCUGGCAAAGUGUUGUUCAAUUAAGACAACAUGCUGAACAUAAAAAAUCUAUUUUAACUUUAGAACAAGAAAUCUUAAAAGCAAACGCUCACCAAAAAGCUACAGAUAUCCAAGAAAUGCCUGAUGGAAUGGAUAUAUUCUUUCAAUCUGUUGAUCACGCAAAAAAAUUUAUAGAUUUCUUACAAACAUUAGUUCCUUUAAGAUAUCAACAAACAAAGAAAUUAGUGUCUCAAGAUGAUCAUAAAAAUACUUAUGAUUUUAAAGUUUCUUUUUCCGUUGAAGUUGUUCCUAUUUCUCGUCAAGACCUUGUGUUUCUUCCGAAAGUUAAUGUAAAUCAAUUAGGUGGUGUUGGACCAUUAAUGGUGUGUACUCAAGUAGCAGGAACAUUACAUCUUGUUGAUGUAUUAAAAGGAACAGAAGUAGAAUUGUAUGCCCACCAAUUCUUCCAACAUCCAUUUGAUGCAUUAACAAAUUCUAAAAAUCUUGUUGAGUAUUACGUUGUUGAAGUUACUAAAAUCGGUAAACCAGUUGGGCAGUAUCAAUUGGCUGAUUGCCAAAUCAUUAAAUCAGAAGAUUUUGGUGUUACUGAAGAUUAUCUAUAUGUUAAAACUGUUUUUGGCAAUACAAUCAGAGAAGGAGAAACUGCUCUAGGAUAUGACCUUGUUAACCUCAAUGCUAAUAAUGAUAAUUUCGAAAGUUAUCAACAACGUGGACUAGAAGAAGGAACAUUACCAGAAGUUAUUUUGAUUGGAAGAGGACAUUUAUAA